UCACGUAAUAAUAAACUAAAGUCCAUAACUCGAAAUCUGAUGAUGGACUAAAGAAGCAAAAUGGUUGAAGUCGAAGAAUUAGAACCACUUAGUCCCGUUGAAGACGGAGACGAAGGAGAAGAAGAAGAAGAGGAAGACAUAAGCUACGAUGACCUCAAAAGACGAAUGUGGAAAGACCAAAACCUCAUGGAGAAGCUCAAGCAGCAGAAACGAGACAACACCGACGUCGUUUCGCUUCCAACGCACCGAGCCGAAGCUUCACGUCGCAAGAAGAUGGCUCGUUCGCAAGACUCGGUGUUGAAGUACAUGAUGAAGAUCAUGGAGGUUUGCAAAGCGAAAGGGUUUGUCUACGGUAUCGUACCGGAAAAGGGUAAACCGAUAACCGGUUCUUCCGAUAGUUUAAGACGUUGGUGGAAAGAAAACGUUGAUUUCGACCAAAACGCUCCAAACGCUGUCGCUGGUUACUUAACACUCGCGGCUGCUGCGGCUGAGCUGAUCGAGAAGGAGCCAUCGAGUUUAUUACACAUGUUACAAGAGUUACAAGACACGACUCUAGGCUCGUUGUUAUCGGCGUUAAUGCAACACUGCGCGCCGCCGCAACGACGGUUUCCGUUAGAGAAAGGCAUCGCGCCUCCGUGGUGGCCGACGGGGACGGAGCUUUGGUGGGGAGAGCAAGGAGCGGCUCACGAGCAGGGCGUGCCGCCGUAUCGUAAGCCGCACGAUUUGAGGAAGUCUUGGAAAGUUAGCGUUCUCGCGGCUGUGAUCAAACACAUGUCGCCUAACUUGGGAAGAGUGAGACGUCUCGCGAGACAAUCCAAAUGUUUACAAGAUAAGAUGAUGGCUAAGGAGACUGAUACUUGGUCUCGCGUAUUAAACCAAGAAGAGGCUCUUCUAAAUAUCAAAGACCUCAAGAUCUCGGAGGAUCAAGAAGCUUCCGGGUCCAAGACCAAGAGAAAAGGUGAUAAUAUUAUAGAACCGUCUAAGAGUGUUUACACUUGCCAAAAUUCGAGCUGUCCGAAGAGUGAUGCGAGUCUUGGAUUCAUGGACAAGAACUCGAGAACGGGCCAUGAGAUCCAGUGUCUCUACGGGUCUUCGAGCCAGAGCACGGGAGAGACAAGCUCCGUGCUCGAAACAGCACCAAGUAUUGGUACUAAUACGACUAGUGAAGAUGAUUAUAGUGCGAGCUCGAGCGCAAUGGGCAAGCGAGAUCAUGAUGAUCAUAGCAAUUGGUUGGAUUAUUUAUGGUACGAGAGGAUGCAACAAGAGUUUAAUUUCUCUAGGAGAUUAGAAGAUGUUGAUGAUGAUACUGCGGUGGACUUGAACCAACUACUGGAAUCAGAUCAGUCGUCUGACAAUGUGGACCACAAUAAUUUUUCAGUUUGGGAUAUGGGUUGUGAAGACAAAGACAUAUAUAUGUUCGAUUAUUAAUAAACUUGUCACUAAAGAUUAAGUCUCUAGUGUGCUUUACAA